CCCGCAGCCGCUGAUUGGGCGGACACUCGUGUCGCCAUGAUUGAGCGACGCAGAACGUGAGUGGCCCACUCUUCUCCGUGUGUGUAGGAGAUUCCUGCGGGUUUAUGUUUAACAUGUCUUCCACGACGCCGGAACUGUUCACCCUGCUGCCCAAAGCCACGACGAGUGACCUGGUAGAAGCCGAGGAGGCGGUAAAGAUAAAGACAGAAAUACAACUUGAAGCAAUAAAGAUACCGACUAAAAAGUCGCUGAAAUUGCCGCGGCCUCGCUUCGACGUCUCCUUGUUCUACUUGACUCGGAAGUUCAUGGACAUAAUCAAAGCUGCUCCGGACGGAAUUGUGGAUCUAAAUGACGUCGCUAGUAUGUUGGGGGUGCGGAAAAGGAGAGUAUAUGACAUUACCAAUGUACUUGAUGGGAUCAACCUAAUUCAGAAGAGGUCGAAAAACCAAGUCCAGUGGAUGGGUACUGACCUGAAUCACUCCGGAACAAAGAUCCCUGAAGAACAGCAACUGCGCAACGACAUUAGUGAUCUCGCCGCUAUGGAAGAGGCACUGGAUGAUUUAAUCAAGGACUGUGCGCAUCAGUUGUUCAAACUAACAGAGGAUCGUACCAACAAAAAGCUGGCGUAUGUAACUUAUCAGGAUAUACACAGCAUUGAGGAAUAUCAUGAGCAGAUAGUGAUUGCAGUGAAAUCCCCUGAAGAAACAAAACUGGAAGUGCCAGCGCCCAAAGAGGAUUGUAUAGAAAUCCAUAUCAAAAGCACUAAGGGACCCAUCGACGUGUACUUGUGUGAAGUGGAACAGGAGAUCACUGCGAAGAAGUCUUUUGAACGCUUGACCAAGACACUCAAGUUGGAACCGGAGCCGAUUCUGAUUGAUGAUGACUGAUCUUCCUGAGUUUUCUGUUCCUCACUGGACAAUGUGACUGAUUUUCAAUGCAGACGACUUUUGCACAGACACUUUAGUUUCCGGUUCUUUUCCAUUACGGAGAAUCCUAUUGGCAUUCUGGAAUUAGUGCCACCCUAACUUCAGUCUCCCCAAUCAGAAUCCAUUGAUCCAAGAUCCUUUAAAUGAGAGAAUGGCAUUAUCUGGAUUUGGGAAGAAAGCGCUCAUAGCCUGGAAUGGUGGGACACAGUCCUCGCAACGACCCUCCAGCUGUAGGCAGAGGAUACUAAACGUUGUUAGACGACCAUGGUUUGUCCAACUUGUCUUGCUAUUGUUUGUUAAAGGAGAACUAAACCCUAAAAAUGAAUGUGGCUAAAAAUGCCAUAUCUUAAAUACUGAAGUUAUUGCACCAGCCUAAAGUUUCAGCUUGUCAAUAGCAGCAAUGAUCCAGAUCUUCACACUUUAAAAAUAUAAAGGCUGCCCCUUGGGAUUGUGGGAUUCACGGUGCACCCAAACAAACUAUCCAUGUUAGGUCACAUGAGCCAAUUAACAGACAGAGUUGUGUCUUUUGCUUCCCACACUUCUUCCUGUUCCAGUUAGUAUUUCUGGUCAGGUGAUCUGAGGCAACACCGAGAAUAUCAUAAAAUGGAGGCUCAGGGGAAAUAACUAAAAGGUCAAUAUUUACUUAAAUAUGUUUUCCCUUUGGGUAAGAUUCUUUAACAUGCCACUUAAUAGGAUAUAAAUCUGUUCAGGAUAUGUAGAAGAGACAGGGUCGACUGUCACUCAGACAGAUCCACAGGACCAGAGAAAAUAGUUUAAAAUAAUAUUUUUAUUAGUACAAAGUUUAUAAAAUAUAUAUUUGCAUCUCCAUCCGCCCUAGCCCAUGACUAAGUGCCCUGAGUGGGUGCGAAACGCGUAGCGUGGAUGGAGAUGCAAAUAUACAUUUUCUAAACUUUGUACUAAUAAAAAUAUUAUUUUAAACGGUUUUCUCUGGUCCUGUGGAUCCGUCUAAGUGCCGGUCGACCCUGUCUCUUCUACAUAUCCUAUGCUGUACCGCUCCCUAAAGCUGGGGGUCUGGAGCACCCGGACCACAUUUACUAUUUGGUGAGACACUUACAAUUUAUCCUGGAGCACCGCGUUUUUCCAAACUAUCUGUCACUUGUGUUCAUUUUGAGGGUAAAGUUUUCCUUUAAAUUGAGGUUUGGAAUUGGCACUAGAUUUAGUUUGCCUUGAUUUGCCAGUGCAUAUAUUGAGCCUGACACUGUUAGAAGGAUCGAUUAUUGUACCUUGUUUAUUAUGUGGAGGCUCUAAAACUGGAUAUAAUAGUCUUCUCUUUAUUUAGAAGCAGCACCCCAAUCUGGUAUCCGUGAAAGUAUUUACAAAUCGCACAGUCAGAAGUGGGUAUGAUUAAGUGCAGCUCUGGAAGUAAGGCAGAAAAUGACUGUAUAUAUGUGUAUAAAUUGUAGAUGGAGCAGUAGAGAUUAUAAUCAUGUUUUUGGCUUAUGAUUCCCGCGGCUUCAGUACAAACUGGCCAAUGUAUUUGUAUACAAAUCUGCUGUACAUUUGCUCUGAAAACUUUUUUUUUUUUUUAUAUAUUUUUUUUUUUUGUAAUUUAGAUUUGAAUAUAUAUUGGGCAAUUGGUGGGUUUCUAUAUGUUAUCUAUAGCUGCUAGAAUGAAUGCUGAGAGUUGUAGUUGGCCACAUGCUGGUUAACAUUCAAUGCUGUGCAGGCGGCACAGCAUUGAAUGUUAACCAGCAUGUGGCCAACUACAACUCUCAGCAUUCAUUCUAGCAGCUGCUCAAUGUAAGUGGAUAUUAGCAUCUCUGUCUGGCUUGUGAUGUCCAAUGGCAGAGCUUGGAGACUCUUCUAUCCAUCUUACAGGGAAUAUCUGUCUUUUUAAUUA